AUGGAGUGCAUCGCAAGAGCCCCAUCGUCCUUCGCCUCAUACUUCCUCGAGUCCGCGCAGAAGGCCUCCAUGAACGCCCGCGCGAUCAGCUCGUCCAUCUACCACCAAAAUGCGGCGCUUUGCCCUCCUUCCGUCGCGUCUCUCCCAGCAGCGUCACCUGCCGAUGUGCGCGCAACCACCGUCACAAUGGCGGCUCUCGAAUACAUGGCCACACAGCUCUCCCGCCACAUACGCCCACUUAAAGCCCUCAGACACUUCAUGAAAGGCAGACGGCGUACAAGCGAGGGAAGUAGGGAUGGUAAAGGCACCCGUGGGGGCGACAGUAGUGGCAGUAACGAGGGCCUUCUGGGCAUAGACGCACUGCCCCUGCCUGCAAUAGUCCCCUGCCCGGUUCCCAUCGUCGCGACCGUAGAAAGCAAUUCCAAUCGCGUCAGCGUCAUUGCUCACUCUCAGGCGGCAGCUGCUGCCGAGCCUCUCACCGCACCCAUGCUGAACGGCUCUGCGCGGCUGACGUCGUCGCUGCUGGUGUCGUUCCUCGUGAACUACUCCGUGCUCGUGUCCGACUGGUGGCAAUUCAAGUCCACAGCUCGCGAUCACCUCUUCGCCUGUCUCGGCUCGCGAUGGCCGCUCGCCGUCACAGCAGUGCACACCGCCAAUGACUCCAAUUCCGCCGCCGCUAUUGCCGCCACAGCCGCUGCCGCCGCGGCCGUCGCCGCCGCCGCCGCUGCGAAGGGAACGACGAGUACGCGAACCCGUCGCGAUCUGUCCCCAGCAUCGCUCAUCCGCAAGCUGAGUGGCUCGUGGAGCGGCCUCCGCGCGCCCGCUAAUCCGCGCGCGGACGGAUGCGGAGAGAGGACGGGGAGUGAGGAGGACGACAGCACGGAGGAGGCCGCGGAGCGAGCGGCUGUGGCGGCGUUUCGGAAAGGGGUCACUGAGGGGGACGGGCGGGGUGCGCGCGUGGCGCACGUGGUGCCGGACGGGCUGGACCCGCACAUGGUGUGGGCGCAGCGGCAGAAGGACGUGGACGCGGAAGACCGCCGGCGCGACUCGCUCGGCGAGCCCGGGUUUUCCUUCUCGGCCGCCGGGCUGCUGUUUCCGUACCACCUGGGCGUGGCGCAAUACUUGCUGGACCACGGCUACAUCACGGAGUCGACCCCCCUAGCGGGCGCGUCAGCGGGCGCGCUGGUGAGCGCGGUGGUGGCGACGGGCGUGGAGCCGCGCAGCCUGAUGCCGCUCGCCAAGCUCGUGGCGGCCGACUGCCGGAAGAACGGCACCGCGUUCCGCAUCGGGGUGCUGCUGCGAGGAGUGCUCAACCGCAUUCUCCCCGACGACGCACACAUCAAGUGCUCCGGUCGCAUCCGAGUGGCGAUCACGCAAGUGUUUGGGUCACCGCGCGGGUGGCUGGUGGACGCGUUCGAGUCCAAGGAGGACCUCAUCGACGCGCUCAUCACCUCCUCCUUCGUGCCCGGGUACUUGGAACCCCGGGCGACUACUUCCUUCCGCAACCGCACAUGCGUGGAUGGCGGAAUCUCGCACUUCAUUCCGCCCACUGCCAGCGAGCACACCGUGCGUGUGUGUGCCUUCCCAGCGAGUGGCUAUGGGCUGACAGGAACUGACAUUAACCCUGACAUGAAUACGCUCAACAACGACUGGACCAUGAGACAGUUUCUCUCCUGGGCUCUGGAGCCUGCAGAGGAUGAUGUGUGGGAUGGGCUCUUCAACAGCGGCUAUGCCGAUGCUGCCACGUGGGCCAGCACCUACACCGGCCCCGUCUACCAUCCCAUCUCUCAGAGCAACACCCACGGUCGGGUAGUUGACUUUGAGGACUGGGUAGAUGAUCUGCAGCUUUUCCUACAGUGCGAUCGGACAGACGGUCUCCUCCUGUUUGACCUCACUUUUGGUGCCUCUCUUGCCCCUGCUGCUGAUGCUGACGCGACUGUUCGCUCACAGUGGGCCACGCGCGAUGCUGCUGCUCGCCUUGCUGUGCGCCGCCACUUGCCCACCACUGAGCGUGCACACUUUAGCCAGUACAAGAGUGCUCAGACCUUGUACGACGCUGUAGUUGCACGCUACUCUUCCCCUGCCACUGCUGCACUGAGCCGCCUCAUGCUACCGUACCUCUUCCCUGACUUUGGUGCCUUUCCCACAGUCGCUGACCUCAUUACGCACCUCCGCACUAGUGACACUCGCUACCGCGCUGCGCUUCCUGCUGAGGACCACUUUCUCUCAGUUUGCCCCACCACUCUCACCGUUGACCUCCUCGAGAAGGCCCUCCUAGCGGCAGAGAAGAGCAUAGUCGCUGUAGGAGCCUCUCGUGGUGACCCUCGCACCCCCGUCUUUGAGGGGUGUUCUCCCUCCCCCCUCUUGCCCUCUGUUGCCUCUGCUGCGGCGGCCGAUCUCGUUGGUUUCGAGUCGGUCGGCGCUGCGUCUGCCCCGAGCGGGAAACGCCGCACCGGCAAGGGCAAGGGGGGCAAGGGCGCUGGAGAGGCUGGCGGGGGCGGUGGAGGUGGUGGUGGAGGCAGUGGAGGGAGUGGGGGUGGUGGUGGGAGUGGUGCCGGGGGUGGCGGGGACGGCGGCAGCAGUGGAGGCGGAGGAGGCGGCGGAGGUGGCGGAGGAGGCGGAGGUGGAGAAGGCGGCGGUGGCGGCGGCGGUGGUGGAGCCGGUCGCGACUCUGCGCAGAGGAGUGGCUCAGGUGGUGGUCCGCGCCAGGAGCAGCGGAGUGGCGUGACCCUGUCCCCUCAGCAGCUUCGUGAGUGGUACACUGCGCGUAAGCGCGGUGGGGGUUUUGGUCCCUGCACUUACGUCCUCCGUACCGGCGACCGAGCUGGUGAGCAGUGCGGUGGCCCGCACUUCACCCAGCGCUGCUUUGGUCGCCUGACGGACGCGUGGCGUUGCCAGUUCCCUGAGGCUUCCGAGAUCCCUCGCUGGGGAGAUCUGUCUAGGGCGGGGGUUGCCAUCUUUGAUCUUGACUAUGAUGCUAUCCUUGCUGCCAUGCAUUCUGUGUCUACUAGUGUUGAGAGUGACUGUUACCUGUGUGUACUGCCUGUCCCGGGCAUUGAGGCCGCUGCACAAGGUGCUGGAGAGGCUGCUGCUCUAGGUGCGUCCCGCUCCUUCUUUUGA